AUGGCUUUUUUCCAGCUCCAUGCGCCCAAGGAGCCCGCCAAGCACACAAUAGAUCCGGCACUGCAGCCUUGGGUUGAGAAAUACCGACCGAAGACGAUAGACGAUGUCUCUGCUCAAGAGCACACAGUGGCUGUAUUGAGAAGGACACUGACAUCAACAAAUCUGCCACACAUGCUGUUCUAUGGUCCACCCGGAACAGGAAAGACUUCAACUAUCCUCGCUCUGGCGCGACAACUGUUCGGGCCAGACAACUUCAGGUCGCGUGUUCUUGAGCUCAACGCUUCCGACGAACGAGGUAUAAGCAUCGUCCGAGAGAAGAUCAAGGACUUCGCUCGCCAGACCCCUCGCGCACAAGCCGCGUCUUCGGACGACAAAACGUACCCAUGUCCGCCAUACAAAAUUAUAAUCCUGGAUGAGGCGGAUUCUAUGACGCAAGAUGCCCAAGCUGCGUUACGGCGGAUAAUGGAGAACUACGUGCGGAUAACAAGGUUCUGUUUGGUGUGUAACUACGUCACACGAAUAAUAGAACCACUUGCCUCCCGCUGCUCAAAAUUCCGCUUCAAGCCGCUCGACAAUGCCUCGACUUCCGCGCGGCUUGCAGCCAUUGCGAGUGCAGAGAAUAUUCACAUUCCCGACUCUGUCAUUGACACGCUUAUAAACACUUCGCAUGGUGACCUGCGCCGUUCCAUCACUUACCUACAGUCUGCGUCGCGCCUUGCGAACAGCACGGACCCACCGGCGCCGAUCACCUCGGCAGACAUUCAGGAGAUAGCGGGCGUCGUACCGGAUGAAGCUGUGCAAAACUUUGCUGCAGCGCUUGGUAUUGAAGGCGACACUAUGGACGUGGACGGCACUACGGACAGACGGAAGGGUUUCGACCAGAUACAGAGGAAAGUAAAGGAGAUUGUGAGGGAGGGUUACUCGGCUGCUCAAUUGCUCACGCAGCUUCAUGACCUCAUUAUUGAGCAUCCAACACUGACCGCACGACAGAAGGCGCAGAGUGCGCUGGCUCUGGCAGAAGCAGAUAAAGCGCUAUGUGAUGGGGCAGACGAGGAGCUACAGAUUCUCGAAGUCGCAUUGCUUGUGAACAAAGCGGUCACUUCGUGACUUCUUCUGUUCUCACCAUUCCCGUGUCGUGGCGGUGGCUUCUGUUUUCAUCCCGUCCCUAGCAUCCACUACUUCUCAUAUCGUUGUGGACAUGCACAGUAAGCAUCGUCCUACGAAGCGCUGAGACGAGAGUUCUUGCCGGCCACUAGUCAUCUAGUCAUCUUCUGAAGAGGGAUUACAAUUAUAUACGUUAAUGAAAUUUAUUGUCAUACAAUCCAAGAGCGAUGGCAAAUGCAGGUCUCGACGUUGCAGACCAGCCCUCAGGACCUCCGUGAUGGGUCCGCCCAUACCGGUUUUGUUGCAUCGGGGUCGUUUAGCUGCGCGCGUGGUGUCAACAAGGGGCAGUAUGGAUUAGGGAUGUCAGACACACUUGCGCCUGAGACUGCCGUUGUAUGGUCUGUUCUCUUUCCAGUCUUGCGGCACGGAUUGCGUCGGCUUUCUUGCGCAGGUCAGGCGCCAUUCUCUACAUCGUGAUGUC